AUGCCUAUUUCCGAAGCCGACGUUCUAAAGCCCGUGGAGCCUUCCAUCACCGAUUCCGACGACUGGGAAAUCUUUGUACUGAGCGAUGCCCAUGUCGUCUACGAGAGUAAUGGCAAGCCUGCAAGUCUCUUGUCGGCCUAUGCGGACACGCCGCUGAAAGUGGUGGGACGAUUGGAGGCUCCAGGGCGAGGACAGGUGAAAUACCUUCUCAAGAAACCCUACAAGCCGGUCGAAAUCGACAUACGAAACGUGGCGCGCUUCUCCUACGGCGAAAUGACAGACGGGGCAUAUGUGAUAUGGGCACAAGGCAAAGCAGGCUGGUUCGAGAUACGACCGGCAGACCACUACAAGCCCAUUUUCGAUGACAUGGUCCAAGCCGUAGAGCUUCUAUAUUUCGUCUCCGACAUCUAUAAUGAACCGCGGAAGAGGGGCGGUGGACCCAGCGCGCAAUUAAUAUUCAAAGAGUAUGCAGAAGACGAACGCUUCACUUGCAGUGACCCAGCCGUUGCAGAGCAGAUCUUCGACCGGCAUCAUACGUUUCUCAUGAUGUGCUUCUUGAAUAGAGCGCAAGACAUUGGAUGGAGCACCACUCCUUUAUACCAGCAUUUCAGAAAGCGGCACCCACAAGACUUCGAGACAUGUAAAGCUCGAAUCGAAGGUCGCUACUCCCAGAUACAACCAACGCGGCAAACACGAACGUCAAGAUCUUCACCCGCGCCCGCUCCCGUAUCUGCACCUACGCCAAAGCCUGUAGUAACCACUACGAAGUCACGGACUGCUCGGGGCAAAGCCGCGACUCCGAAGCCGGGUGAACCGCCUAAGAAAGAUGACAACUGGUGGGAAGCUGCUGCACUGUUCGAGUUUAUGCAGAAAGCCGUGAACCAGCGAGUUUUGCGGGUGGCGCGCAACCACAUAACAUUAGAACGAGUUGCGGAACUAAUCGUAAAACGCUACGAGAUCGACGAGUUGGAGACUGCUCAAAAUGUACUCCUAGUGCAUGCGCAGAACCUGUGUUACAUGAUGGAUCACCCGCGGCGGCAGAGCAUAAAGUUCUUCGCUAGCGAACCGAUAUACCAGGAAUUAACAGCUGAGCACAAUCUAUCUGCAGCCGAACAGAGACGAGCAGAGGGUGUAGCGUUGCGGCCGAGAAGAGAUCACGCAACGCUCAGAGGCGAUAAGAGCGAAUCAUCAGAGGCAUCGGAUGAGGAAGUGGAUGAUGUAUCAACGCCGGUUCGCAGACCACAAGGCAGGCGGAAGAAAGGCAGACUCUCUGUACUGCGACCAAGAAGCAGUAAAUUCUCAGGCAAGAGCAAAGGCAUAACGAGAGAGACUGGCAAGGCUGGCAAGGGAAAAGCGCCAAUUCCCGACUCCGAAGCACCUAGUGGGGACUCGGAUGCUGAAGGAAGCGGGAGUAGCUCAGAUAGCUCAGAUGAGUUGGGCAUUGAUACGCCAACACAAGGCCUCUCCCCAGGGCGCGAGAAGCGCAAGCUUGACGAAAUGGAUGCAGACAGAGGAGAAGAAAAAGGCAGGCGGAAACGCGCAGCCGAGAGGGCCUCCUUAACCCCCGACUCACCACCCACAGCCGCCGAGUCAGAUGACGAAGACGACGUAGCAGCGGCACUAGACGAGCCCCCAUUACCUCUCCGUUACCGACCGUCUAACGUAGCUCCGAACUCGAGACCCACGUCAAGUACUAAAGAAGCAGUAGUAGCUUCGAUAGUAUCAACACCACUACCAACCUACGAACCUAACGGAUCGCGCGACUCGUGGAUAUGUUCUUUCGACGGCUGUUCGCAAAGGAUUUACGGGUGCAGCAAAGAAAUCGGAAGACGGCUCAUCACUGAACAUCUCGAGGACCAUACGAAAGGCAGGGAAAAGGUAGUGGGCAUUUUGUGGCGAGAGCAGGACAAGCUGCAUUUGCCUGUUAGUAACCUCAUCAAGAAGAUCCGCGAGAUGAGCGAGGCUUCAGCGCCGUUGUUUCCUAUACCGGGCGCGUCGACGGCGAUACAACCUAGGCCCAUACAGCGGCCGGUAUGA